AUGGAAGUCGAGUGUAUCAUUAUUGACAACGAGACAUGCGAUGGCGACGAUAACAAUAUAACCCUGGAGGGGGAACCAAAUAUACUACCCAAUUCUGGCGAAUUUUGCAAAAUAGCAGAUAAGGAGGUUGCCAAGACAAACACCGCAAUCAAAAGUGUCUUGCUCGACCCACAAUAUAAUCAACCCGACAGUACGGUCACCGUGCAAGAUACGGAUGCGAAGGAGGACGACCACCCUACUAAUUCUAAUAACGCGACAAAUUUGACUAAUGCGAGUAAUUCGAUUAGUUCGAUCGAUGACAUUGCGUCCACAUUACUGUGUCCUGUGGGGUGUGGCGCUUGGCUGGCAGAGUGUCAUAUGAGUCGACAUGUCGAUCAACACUUUGCACAAAACACCGCCGUGCAGCAGAGAGACGCGAAGAGGGGAACCCCCGGUUCGCCAACCCUUUUGGCGAGUAAAAGACCGAGGAUGAAUGGGGUGGGCCGAAAAGCAGUCACCAAAAAACAGACGAAAAGAACAAGCUGGGGUGCUUUAGGGAGUGCAAAGGCUGAUUUGAGUGUUAAAGACACUUCGCGAGGACCUAGAAGAACAUACCCCGAAGUCAUGAUGAAGAGUAGAAAAAUAGGGGUGCAUACACUUGACUCCGGGAAGAACAACGGGAUCAAUCACGGGGUCAAUAACGGGACCGAUAACGGGACGGUCACAUUCAAGCAUUCUGAAGGUGCAGCCAUCAGCAUCGGCCAAGUACGAAACACUGGCGGGAAUAGCAAUCAACAUGCGGAGAAUAAUAACGCUAAUAGUAGUAGUAGCAAACAUAGAAUCGACCUCAACAAACAUGGAAUCCAUCACAACACAGCUGCCAUGAGCAACCUCGAUAACCACACAGGCCAGUUGCGUAUCGGUGAGUGCGAUCGUGUGCACUCUGGAAGAGACGUUAAGACACAUGCCUACAAUGGCAAUCAACCCAACCGUAUUCAUGCCAACGGUAACAAUAACGGUGACAAGAACCGUCACCAUGCCAACAAUGACACCAACAGCAAGACGUAUAUUAGGAAUCAGAAUAUGACACAAAACGUUAGCAAUGCACACCCGAGGACUUCAGCGACGAUACAAAAUACCAAGCCACUCGCCGAACGGAUGAGGCCGAAGGACUUGGAUGGAUUUGUGGGCCAACUGAAGUCAAUUGGACCGUCCAGUGCCCUUCGGGUCCUCUUGGAGAAAGACCGGUUGCCUAGUUUGAUUCUUUGGGGCGGACCUGGGUCCGGGAAAACGACGCUCGCCAAGAUCAUCUCGCGCAUGACGGCAAUGCACUUUGCCGAACUGAGCGCUGUGAGUUCGGGAAUAAGCGACAUAAAACGGAUCCUAUCCGAAGCGGAAGGGCGUCGCAAAUUACUGAACAAGCCCACUAUUCUAUUUAUAGACGAGAUCCACCGGUUCAACAAGGUGCAGCAAGACGCCCUUCUACCACACGUGGAAGCUCCUCGUAUGUCAUAUAAUCAGGUUGUUGACAACAUAUACUACCGCAUGUGA